ACAAAUCAAGCCUGAAAUUCACUUCACAAACCUUCGUUAUUUCGUGUUGCCUUCACAACUUUCUUUACUCUUAACCAAAAGCUACAUAUCUUGGCAUUUUGCCAAACACAUUAUUUCUUCAACAUACAAACAAUAUGGAUAUGGUGAUGAAGUUGGGAGCAGCAAGUCCAGUGGUGAUAUUCAGCAAGAGUAGUUGUUGCAUUUCUCAUAGCAUCGAAACCCUAAUCCGUAGUUUCGGAGCAAACCCUACAGUUUACGAGCUCGAUAGACUUCCAAAUGGGAAGCAAAUAGAGAAGGCACUAAUAGAACUAGGGUGUCAGCCAAGUGUGCCAGCAGUUUUUAUAGGGAAUGAGUUCGUUGGUGGUUCUAAUGAGAUCAUGAGCCUUAAUGUGAGAAGCAAGCUAAAACAAUUGCUCAUUAGGGCUAAUGCCAUUUGGGUAUAGAAAUUAAUAAUGACUAAUUGGUACAACUUUAGGAGUUUUGAAAAUAAAUCACAGUAUUUUAUCUUCGGAUGGUUGUCUUUUAGAUCUCCCAUUUUGCUUCUUGAUCAUGUAUUAAUAAAGUUAUACUUUAGUAAUAGCUAGUCACUUCUUUUGGUAAUCGAGUGGCGAUUUUGCUUUGUUCAUAGCUGAUAUAUGACAUGAAAGAAGUUAGUAACACUGAC